AAUGGCCCCAGGAAGGCAGCAGCUCCAAGCUUGCCCAUCUGGGCAGAGGAUCCUCCUCCUGGCAUCACAGGGAAGCAGAGAAGUGAGCUGCAUCACUUGGAUUAUCUCAUUGUCCUCCCUGGUCAAAGAUGACAGUGGCAUAAGGAGCACUAAGGAGAAGCCAUCUCCGGGCCUCAUUUCUUUGUUUGCACAGUAAGAAAGCAGCAUCCAAGCUGUGAGGAGCAGCUCGAGGGCUCAGCUGCACGGAAAUCAUCUAUUUUCCAGCUCAUUGCACUGCCCAAGUGCUGCACUGACUCACUGACAAAUGCCAGUUUCACAAGCAGGGUGGAGCAUCCAAGCCACUAUAAAGGUUACCUCAGUCUGAGGCUCUCACUGCUGCUGGAUACUUUUGGAAGCUCUGGACUGUGAGUGAGUUCCUGCUCUAGAGCUCAGCUCACCAUGGAACAUUUACUCAACGACAACCUGCUGAAGUCCUUCACCGAGUAUGCCCUGAGGGAGGGCAGCACCAGUGCCCUGUCCAUCCCUGGGCUCAAAACUCUGCUGCAGAAUCAGUUUGCACAGUACCUGAAGGACUCAUUCUCCCUCGACAACAUCAUCAAAUCCCUGGACAAGGACAAGGACGGCAGGGUCAGCUUCGACGAGUUCCUGGCGCUCAUCAAACGGCUGACUGGGACAGGACAGUGAGGAGAGGAGAGCCUGCAGCUGCCCAGCGCCCCUGCACGCCCAGCCCACACCUGCUGGGCAUCUCCAACGGCACAGAAUAAAGCUGUCACAGGCAA